AUGGGUGGCAUUCAGGAUCUUCCAAAUGAGCUUCUAUUCCUAAUAAUGGAGUAUUGCGGCUCAGAACUCUUACCACUUAUGAAUGUAUACCCGACUGCCCUGAGAUAUUUCUCCAAUAAUCGUAAAUGCUUCGUCGCCCGUAUGUCGAAUCGCUUCGGCGGCGACCUAGAUUUUCCUUCGUUCGUGCGCGCAGCACACUUACGCUAUAUCAGACAGGAACGAGACUUCGCUUCCCUAGGAACCGAAGCGGUUGAAGACAAGAGAAGACAAGUUUUUGACUCAACCUGCGACACUGCGCCACUCGAAUUACACAAGUUCUCGGUCUCAGCACUUUGA